GAUAAUUGAACGCCUUACGCAUUUCCUCACUCUGUUCUCUUCUCUUUCCCUAAUCACCGUUCGACUCGUUGGAUCUCCACCGGGUUGACUCAGCUCCCCAAGUACCUGUAUGAUAUAUGGAUCAAGAAGACAGCAAAUUGGACACUGAGAAUGCUCCCGAAAUGUCUUUUAAUCCCCAGUCAUCAGGAAAAGAUGAUAGCAAUAAGGAUACUGAACCUCCUGAAGGAUCUAGUAAACCCGAGUUGAGUGAAAAGAAUAUGGACCCAGAAAUGUCUUUUAAUCCUCAGUUAUCAGGAAAAGAUGAUAGCAAUAAGGAUACUGAACCUCCUGAAGGAUCUAGUAAACCCGAAUUGAGUGAAAAGAAUAUGGACCCAGAAGACAGCAAGUUGGGCACUGAGAAUCCUUCCGACAUGUCUUUUAAUCCUCUGUCAUCAGGAAAUGAUGAUAGCAAUAAGGGUACUGAUCGUCCUGAAGGAUCUAGUAAACCAGAGUUGAGUGAAAAGAAAAUUGACCAAGAAGACAAGAAGUUGGGCACUCAGAAUCCUCCCGAUGUGUCAGGAAAUGAUGAUAGCAAUAAGGAUACUGAUCCUCCUGAAGGAUCUAGUAAACCAGAGUUGAGUGACAAGAAUACUCCACGAUCAUUGAAGGCAAAAUCUAAAAUUGUUAAGAAAUCUCUGGCUGGUAUAUCUAAAACCAAAAAGAACAACGGUUCUCAACAGAUUCGCCGGAAAAAAAGAAAUAGGAAAAACAAAAAAGUAGUGGACAAUGGCGAAAGUUGUCACAAUGAAGAUGAGAAACAAAUUUCAGACAAUAGCCAGCAGAAGGAAACUAAUGAUGAACCACCUUUGGAGGAGAGCCAUCAAGCUCAAAAAAAUAAGGGGAAGAUCAUUCCCUUAGAUAAGGCUGAACGAAAACAGAAGAAAAAAGAGAAGCAUAGAGAGUCAAACAAGGGUUCUAGGAGUGGGACAAACAAAGGUAAGCCUAGUGAUGUGGAAAAGAGUCAGUCAAAAGACGAAAGGAGGGAAAAGCUUGGUGGUUUCAUCUUUAUGUGCAACGCAAAGACAAAGCCUGACUGUUUCCGCUACCGUGUCAUGGGUGUUUCAGCUGGUAAAAAGGAUGUUGUUUUAGGACUCAAGCCUGGGGUUAAACUUUUUCUUUAUGAUUUUGAUCUGAAGCUACUGUAUGGUAUUUACAAAGCUUCAUCUUCUGGUGCUAUGAAGCUUGAACGGAGAGCUUUUGGUGGCAAUUUUCCUGCUCAGGUGCGGUUCAAAAUUUCUUCUGAUUGUUUCCCUCUACCUGAGAGCGUUUUCAAAAAGGCCAUCAAGGAGAAUUAUAAUGAAAGGAACAAGUUCAGAACAGAGCUUACUAUUGGACAAGUGCGGAAGCUCACUAAACUUUUCCGACCAGUUGGAAUUCAUUCAGCUGUGCAGCCUAUCCAUUCCCCUCCAAAAGCAAUGAUUAGAGAAAGGGAAGCUCCUGAAGGUAUUAGAGGAUCAUGGCCCCAUUUGCACAGGGAAAGAGUUACUGGAACGUAUGCUAUACCAGAACCUUAUGAGGGAGAUUAUGAACACCAUCGCCUGGACCCUGGCUACCGGGGCAAUGUCCCUGCACAUAUUGAAAGUCUUCAAACUGAUCCUCUUUAUUUGGAUGACAGUGGACAUAAGAACUAUUUUCGUGGUGCAAUUUCUGACCAUAUAAAGGAUCCUCAUUAUGCCUAUCGCUAUGGUGCUUCACCUAGGGAUACAUAUUUGACACCUUUAAGUAGAGAGCACAUCUCUUCAAGCUCUUAUUUGGUUGGAGAAAGACCAUUCGUUCGGAAUGAUAACUUGCCAAGGAGAGAGAUUGUUCAAGAUAGGGUCUACUCAAUAUAUUCUGCCGCUGAUCCUUUGUCUGAUUAUGAUAGAAUGCAGCCGUAUCAUGGAGACAAGUUGGAGGCUUCCCAUGCACCAGUUUCACGUCGUUAUUCUUUUGCUGGCCCAUCAUUUUCCCGUCGCUGAGCUAAACAUGCAUUUUGAAUCCCUUGUCAUGUGUUUUUUACCAUAAGCUUUCAUCCUGGUGACUGACUGAGUUAGUUUAGAACUUUAUUAAUCCUACAUACUUGGUCACCUUUGGAUUUUGAAAGACAUUUCUACAUUUUGAUAUUUGAAUGCUGUUGAAUGUGCGAAUUGCCACCCAAGAAUAUGACAAUUUACAAUCCAGAUACUAGCUCUGGAACAUUUCAUGAGGGGCUUGUUUGACGUCAAUUAAUUAUUACUGAUUUGAAUUUGGGGUUUGUAGCUAAUUAACCAUAUGCUGGUUUAAUGGAUAAGAAGAUAGACCAGCAUCCUGUUGGUUAAUUUCAGCAACACAGGUUGUCAUAUGCUGUAAGCUGAUAAUUUGUGAAAGCCAUACCUGCACUAUAGAAUCCAUUACAAAC